CCGAGAGCCGACGAAAAUGUUACAGUGUGCGCUUUCUAAAGAAGUGCCGGAUGAGCCAGUGGUGUCUCCAGUAUCUGGCUCUAUAUUUGAAAAACGUGUAAUAACAAGAUAUGUAGCAGAAAAUGGAGUCGAUCCCAUCAAUGGCAAACAACUCCAGGUAGAGCAAUUAAUCGAGAUAAAACAUGUACCAAGCAAACCAAAAGCUCCCAGUUCAACAUCAAUACCAUUCAUUUUGAAAGGCUUACGAGAUGAGUACGAUGCAGAAGUAUUGAGCUCAUUUUUACUGAGACAACGCUUGCAGAAAACUCGCCAAGAAACAUUAAAUGUUCUGUAUCAACAUGAUGCAGUAUGUAGAAAAACUGCCCUUUUGGUUAAAGAAUCUACUUCAGUAAAAGAGGCAUUAGCUUUACUGAAACCACAACCGGGAUCUGCUUCAAAUAUGCCACAGGCAGCUUUAGCAGAGGCUGGUGGUAUAGCCAUGCAACCUAGUGAAGAGGCUGGAAUAACAGAUGAUAUUAUUCAAAAAUUGCAAGAAAAAGCAACAGUGCUUACACAAGAACGAAAACGACGAGGUCGAUCUGUGCCAGAAGAUCUUCUUUCUCAAGAUGCUAUUAAAUCAUUCCAAACUUUGGCAUCUCAUCCGGGUCUUCACUCUGCAAGUAAUCCUGGUAUACUGGCUUUAGAUAUUCAUAGUGCAGAUAACAGUAGAAUUUUAACAGGAGGAGCAGAUAAAACGGCCACAGUUUUCAAUAAAGAUACAGAGCAAAUUGUUUCAAUUUUGAAAGGUCACACAAAGAAGGUAUCGCGAGUAAUUUAUCAUCCCACCGAAGAUGUUGUAAUGACUGCAUCUCCUGAUUCAUCAAUUCGAAUUUGGAAUGUUGACACUGCUAAAACGAUACUUCUCAUGCGAACGCACGAUGCGCCCGUCACAGGAUUGUCAUUACAUCCAACAGGUGAUUAUUUGUUGAGUUCAGCUCUCGAUCAUUGUUGGGCGUUUUCAGAUAUAAGGUCUGGUAGACUGCUUACCAAGGUGGCUGGACAAGGAAGUCAACCAUUAACAACAGCACAAUUUCAUCCUGAUGGACUUAUUUUCGGCACUGGAACUGCUGAUUCGCAAGUGAAAAUUUGGGAUUUAAAGGAACAAUCAAAUGUGGCUAAUUUUCCAGGUCAUUCUGGAGUUAUUACGGCCAUUAGCUUUUCCGAAAACGGUUAUUAUUUAGCCACAGCAGCUGAAGACUCCUGUGUAAAACUUUGGGAUUUGCGUAAAUUGAAAAACUUCAAAACACUCCAGUUGGAUGAAUCAUACGAAGUAAAAGACAUUUGCUUUGACCAAAGUGGUACCUACUUAGCAGUUUGUGGUUCUGAUGUCAGGAUAUACGUUUGCAAACAAUGGAUAGAAUUAAAGACGUUUAAUGAUCAUACAGCUGCAGUCAAUUCCGUUCGUUUUGGUAAAAAUGCAGAAUUUAUAGCUUCAGCUAGUAUGGAUCGUACACUUAAAGUUUACGGUACGAGUAGAUAAUUUUAUUUUAUUACUUAGUUAUUAAGUGGUACAAUUUUAAGAACUUUAUGUGAGAUAUUUAAUCAUAACUUGAUCAUAAAAUAAAUGUUACAAUUUUUUACUAUCAAAAGAAUGUAUACUCUCUUGUACAUAUC